CUCUGACUUUGAUAAUACGUGCAUUCAGAUAGUUAGACAACAGGGCAGAGCAGGAUGAAUGCCCAACUCUCCGCCAUUGUGAAGACAGAAGUGGUGCUACAUAAUUACUGCGGUUUACUACAACACAACAAGGAGUGACUCUCGUGCAGUUGCAAGAACUCCCCCAUAGGAUUCCACGGCGCGCGUUGACAGCCAUUGACUGCCUGCUGCUAUGUGACUUCUAAUUUUCUUCUGUUCACGUGCAGCCCCAAGUGUGUCGCCCGUCGCCAACUCACAACAACGUGCCUCUGUUACACUUAUUUCACACAACAGCGGAGAUGACAUCGACAGCCCUGGUGUACAUGUUGGUGGCGAGAGAUGUCGCCCUGAUGUCACUGCCCGGACCCUUCCGGGCCAGCAGCAAGCUCCACUGUGGCCAGCUCUGCUCCUCCUUGUCCCCCACCUGCUUCUCCUUCUACUACCGCGACAGUGACGGACUCUGCAGCCUCGUGGACGGCCUCGUCAGACCCGACAUCUCCCAGACAGUCCACAGCACUGGCUAUAAGUACUACAGUCGAGCAGAUCCGUGCAUAUCGUCUUUUACCUUCGUCGACGUCUACAACAUCUGCAUCAAGGUGAUUGUCCAGAAAAUGACCUUCGAGGCGUCCCGCAGCAUCUGCCAGCAGUAUGGGGCCGACCUAGCUAUGCCCAAGGAUGAAUAUGCGCUGUCAUUCCUCACCACAGUAGUGCAAGGAUUGGGCUCCAACAUUUACCUCGGGGGCGAAGAGGUGGCAGGCGUGUGGCGCUGGCUGGACGGGGCGAUUAUCCCCGACAUAGCCAAACAUUUGGUUGAUCAAACAUGCCUAGAGAUCACCAAGGGUGGGGCCAUGGAUCCGUCUCCCUGCUCCAAAACGAAGUCCUUCAUCUGCGAGAUCGCCAUGCCAAAAAUAGCUGGCGACUUCCAACUGUAGCUGGCCGCUCUUGCCAGGAGCUGAAGAUUCUUUUUGUAGAGCUUGUUGUUGUGUAAUGCAGGCCAACGACCAUGACGAUACUCAUUCAAAAAAGGAAACUUUCAAAACUGUCUCAGAAUAUAACUUCUAAUAUAACAUUAUAAAUUACGUCCCGACAUUUUCGCAGCUCACAGACCGCUUCGGUACUCCCCCGGGAGAUGACAGUGAAAAUUGAGUGCACACUGGUCCAUUGACCGGAUAAUAAUGGUGCGGCUUGAGCAUGGUAUUAGUAUCGAGCAUGAAACAUGUAUUUUAUUACUCAAAUGAGUUAAGGAUCUUUACUUAUUUUUAGUAGGAUAACUUUAAAUAGGAAAGCAUUUGUAAACUCAAAUGUUAAUGCAUGCAUUGUAAAUUGAUGAAGCUGCCGCAAGCUGUGUGAUUGCAGACAUUGUUGUGGACCACAGUGUGCGUUGGUACAAGGACAUGGUACAUGGGUGUUUGUUAAGUUCUGAGAAGGAAUUGCGUAAUUGUGCAAUAUGAUGUCUUUGAGGUAUAUCCGCAAAACCAAGUGUCAGCUGAGCAAAUAGUUUCGCUGUGACAAAUCAGUAAAAUAAGCUGUGGUCCGUGACCUUUGGGAAGUGGACAAAGUAACUGCAGAAAAAAGGGUUUAACACCAAAAGCCAUCCAUGACGAUAUAAGUACACCACUACGGGAGGAUGCCCCUUGCCGGGAGAGCCUUGAAGACGACCCCCGUCCUGGAAGGCCUGUCACUUCAGCAACACCAGAAGUGAUCCAGAGAAUCCACGAUAUGGUGAUGACUAACAGGCCAAUGACUGAGCGUCAUAUUGCUAGCUCAGUAGGCAUUUCCCAGGAGAGAGUACAUUCAUUCAUCAAAGAAACUUGUUUAUUAGAACUUGUCAACCACCCCUUGUGGAUAAUUUCUUCUCAACAUAGUACCUGCUGUAUUCUCCUUCCGCGAGCCCUGAUUACACAUAUUUACUGUGCACCCUAGAGUGCGAGUAAUUUCGGCUUAAGUCGACAUAUUUACAAAACUGUGAUGAUCCUGUAGUAGUGUUCUGAAUUGAGUAAUAAACAAC